AGAGAGAGGGAAGGAGGGAGGGAGAGCGAGAGCGAGCGAGAGGCAGAGAGAGAGAGAGAGAGAAAGGAAAGGAGAGAGCGGCUGAGCAGAUUCCUCAGCACUGUCACAUCCGCGCGGACCAGCCUGCCUGCUCAGGGAGCGCCGCCAUCGCCCCUCUGCGUCGCACCGCCGUCGUGCCAGCGCGCCCCUCUUUCUACCCCCCGGCCUGCCCCCCCCCCCAACCCCCCCACCACGGCUCUCCGGGCUCCUUCCUCCUCCUCCUCCUCCUCCUCCUCUCCUCCUCUCCUUCCUCGGAUUCCUCCUGCGAGCGGACCGCUGCGGACGCGCCGUUCCGUCUGCCGGCGAGGGGAUGGGCUGCCGCCACUCCGGGCCGUGGUUGGAAGAUGGAACGGGGGUCAGCGGGCCGGACCUCUGCCACGGCAGCCAACGAGAGGCACUUCGGAUCCUGAGCACCUACGAGCAGCCAAUCACGUUGCAGGUAGAGGGCCAGCGGGCGCAGCAGCGGGGCGCACAGCUCCGGACCUCGGACUGCAGCACGCAGACGGACCGGCUGUGGGAGGGCGUCAGAGGCCUGGGGGUCACCGCGGGGUCAGCGUCCAGGAUCAACACCCACACCGACAAGCCCUAUCGCAGUCACAUGACCCUGCCCCGCGACACCUGCGCAGCAUCCGAAUACCAUCCCAGCAUGCACUACGGAAUGGAGAACAUGGUAUAUAAAAACCCAGGGCUGGCCAGCUGUAUGCCCCAAGGACAGAGCUGUUUGAUUGGAUGCUGCAACACAAACGUGGAGGAGCCCGGAAGCUUCUUGAGCCAGACAGAAGAUGAGGACUUCGUAACGGAGAGGCCAAUGGGUUACUUACCUCUCAUGCACGAGCUGGACAGUGGCCUGGGCUGGACGGACGGCAGCCUCCACCAGGGGGAGCUGUCGGGGCUGGAGACGGAGGAGGGCGUGGAGGAGCGCACCAGCCGGGGCGGUUCCCCCUCCUCCGAAUCCUUCAUCUCCUCCGAGCUGAGCGACUCCGGCUUCUACAGCGUCAGCACCGGGGAGUUCCGCCGCUUCCAGAAGCUUCUGGAGAGGAGGAUCCGCCUGUACCGGGCCCGGGCGCUCGCCCCAGGGGAGCAGCGGGACGGGCCCAAGGGCCGCAGGGAGCUGGAGUCCAUCCCCGAGGCGCUGACCCUCCAGCCGCAGAGCGCGCGCCCGCCGAGGCCCGCCGGGGCGCACAGGUGCACCAUGGGAACGUCGGCGGUGCAGUUCCGCAGGGCCGGGAGCCCCUGCCUCAGCCGCUGCAGCUCCAGCACGGGCUCGCUCUUCCGCCUCCACCCGGGGACCUCCAGCUGCAGUACGCCCUCCUGCCAGAGGAGGGCGAUGAUGCUGCAGCGGAACCCCACGGCAGGCUUCCUGAGGAGGAGCCACACGCUGCACCGCUCCGCCCCGCACGCGCUGGAGAGGCGGCGGGCGAGCCACCCGGCGUCGCCCGACUACUGCAGCACGGCGCUGCACCGCGGCCGGAGGCUGGCCGCCGAGCUCCCCGGCGCGAAGGAGCCGGUCCGGAAGCGCGGGGCGAGCGCCGACGUCAGGACCAGCCCCGCGCUGCGAGGAGCGGCCGAGGACCCCCGCGGAGUUUCGUCCGGGGAGCACUGCUGCGGCGGCGGCGGCGGCGGCGGCAGGCUGGGCGACGCGAAGCCGGGGCGGGGCUUCGGCGGUCAGGACGUGGCCGAGAGGCACGGGAGCGGGGCGAGGGAGCGGGAGAAGCGCUUCCACACGCUCGGCCACUCGCAGGACAUCCACGAGACCUGGCCCAAGCCGGCCAACCGCUGCUGCCAGGGCCGCGGCGGCCUGUACAGCACGCUGGACAACCACUGCCCCGGCUCCCAGAGGGACCCGCCCGGCAACCCGCGCGCCCUGCGCCACCAGCUGCUGAAGGAGCGCGCCUCGCGGCUGGCGGACGAGCGCGGCGGCAUGACCACGGACGAGGAGUCGCACGGCGAGGUCAAGACGGGCCGCUACUGGAACAAGACGGAGCGGCGGCAGCACAUGCUGCUGGCCCGCGAGCAGCGGCUGCAGGAGCAGCAGGCCCGGGGGGUGCCCUGCGCCGGCGGGGCGGAGGCCCGCUACGGCAGCGCCGUCCUGGAGCUCAGCCACAGGAAGCUGAGCCGCCUGCGCAACCGCAAGCUGCUGGACAACUGGACCACCGUGGAGGAGCUGCUGACCCACGGCACCCGGCUGGGCAGCACCGAGGAGAUCCUGUGCCCCAGCUCGCUGCUCUCCGUCACCACCGUAUAGCCCCGCCGAGUGCGUGAGUGUGCGCGUGCGUGCGUGUGUGUGAGUGUGUACGUGUGGGUGUGUGUGUGUGUGCGUUUACAUGCGCGUGUGUACAUGUGUGGGUGUGUGUGUGUGUGUGUGCAUUUGUCUGCACGCGUGUGCAUGUGUGAGCGUAUGUGUGCGUGUACACGUGUACGUAUGUGUGCAUUUACAUGUGCGCGUGUGUGUAUGUGUGUGUGCGUAUGUGUGAGUGCGUGUGUGUGUGUGUGUGUGCGCGCAUGUCUGUCUGCACGCCUGUGCUUUUUCCAUCAGGUGUGGCUACCUCCUGCUCUUGGUGUUUCGAUGUGUUUACAGACACAGUUUUAAUUCUAACGUUAUCUCUGCCGCUGUAAAUUUUUUCUGUAAAUGGUGGGAAGUCCGAUGAUUGUUGAACGCCAGUGGAUUCUCUUUCAGUGUGAAGGACUGAGGUGGAAUCACAGCUUUCUAAAGCGGUCACUUGAGCCGUCAGUCAGCGUGACGACUGACGGACCGGUGUCAUGACGCUGUGGUGACUUUUUUUACUCAGAAAAUGUCCAAUAGGACAGUGGAAUUUUCAGUAGUCAGAAUUGUUUAUAAUUCAGAAAUGCGUCAAUGCGAUCAGGUUGAUGAUAUUUGACAUUGUUUUGAAAUAGAGCAUCCAAAACCUUGUAUUCGUAUCAAGUUGGCUGUGAUGUUGAACCACUUUCAUAAAUUUAGCCUUAUUUAUUUGUAACAUAUGUAAAUUUCAUUGGCCUUAAGAAGCCAUUUUCCGAUUUAAUUUUUCACAUAAUAGCACCUCCUCUACUAUCUUUAAGUAGUGUUUAUCAAUGACCAAACACCGACUAAUGUAAAUCCUUCCGUUAAGUUCAACACUUUAUAAUGAAUUGUCACAGUGGCGAAGGUUCUUUACGAGUCAUGACAUCACUGCCAGUAACUUGAAUAUGAUUGGAUGUUGAUCUGUCUGCACUGUAUUGCCCUCUCCUGAUCACUACAAUAAUCCCAGUUUCACAGAAGCUAAUGUGAUUAGUGAGGGGCUGUUUACAUUUUCCGAGCUGCGUCGAUAGCAGGAACAUCUUAGGUCAGUUGCCUUUGCUUAAAAAGGGACGAUUUCAAAUAAGACUAGGAUGUGAAAAAAAAAAAAAAAAAACCAGAACAGCACCAAUUUCCUAACAGUCUGCUUGAAACUCAGGAAAUUCUUUAUAAGCGUGGGGUUAAAAUAAUGUACCCCCUGCGUACGGGACCUACGGUCUAGGAGACACCAUUGACUACUUUCGGUGGCACUGAAACCCCAGCGUGUCACAUUUUGCACUUUGCCGAGGGGUUCCUGUCCGUAUUUAAGCUGGGCUCGCUAAUUCAGAGCUCUCCCGCAGCACGUAGUUGACUACGGUAUCCCCGAAACUCACGUCACGUGACCAACGGCAUUAACUUUAGGGGCGUCCAGAAAGCCCUCGCUUUCUCCACCCCUCCCCCCCCCCCCACCAGGCGGCCGGUUCUCUCUUUCGAACGCGAUCCCUCACGACACUUUUCCCUUUCACUGCCAGAGCUUAUCGAUAUUUCUGUGCGCCGCGUCAAAUGCUGCAUGAGUCAAGCCUUCUGAGCGACGCGCGAAGGCAGGGGUCUGAUGCCGCGCUCCGCGCCGCGUAAGGAUCAUUGUCACCAAAAAUAGGCCGUCGAGUGAAAGCGGACCCCCCUGCGGCUUCCGGGGCACCGACGAAGCGCUCCACGGCUCCCGAGCACCACCCCCCGCUGAUCCAGUCUGGUUCCUUUUGUCUGUGAAGUCACUCUUUUUGGAUUGCUUGUUUCUACUUUUGACGAUACCUUUGAAUAUAAUGUACAUGUGGCUGUAAUAAAGACUACAUUUUAAUAGUGA